CUAUGCUAUCUACACCUGUGGCGAUGUUAAUCAUCGUUGUUAUCGCUCAAUAAAAGGUAUUCGUGGAUUUUUAACAGGAUCUCGAAUAGCUAGGGCUUCACGCUAGCGAAGGUGUAAUUUAAUUUAGCUUUAAGGCUGCAGUCUCCGUCGCGCGUGCGGGUGAUGGAUGGGGCAGCCGGAGAAAUCAGCAUUAAUCAGAGGAUUCAUCGCUACCUCUUUGAUCGAACCCUGCUUGUGAAUUUGUAACUAUUUCGAAAGAGUGCUGCAGGUAUGUACAUUCACGAGCCGGCACCACCAAGCUUCUCUACUGCAAAACCCGACACAGAGCCCGAGGAGCUUCUCAGAUCAGUGCGUCGACCUAGCUAUACCAGGUUCGAAAUGCCCGUUUAAAAUUGAGUUAACGGGUCGGUGGUGUGAAAUUGUUCCCGAUUUUCUCGUAGUCGCAGCGUAGCAGUCGUUAUCGAAAGUGUGCUCGUGGUCGUCGGCAAAUUCAGUCGUCAUUCGUCGGUCGUCUGCAGUAUCCAGUAAGUCGAAAAUACUGCACUUCACUGAUCGGGCUGCGGUCAGGUGCUACUACGUUUCGGGUCAGGAUCGGUGCCUAUUUUGAGACUCUUUAGAUAUCAGCUCGCCUUGCUUGGAAUGCCGACAGGUGUGAGGCAGCUGCUGAUAACCGAUAGGCAAACAACGCAGACUCUUACGUAGCUCUUUACUUCUGUUUGACUUCGCAUUUUGCCGAUUUCAUGGAUCUGCAGCUGGGUGGAUCUGAUCAGCCUUGGUUUACGUCACUUCCAGGCGUGGUGUGCCCCCAGCCUAUCAGUGCCCCAGCCCCUGUCCAUGUCCAUUAAGAGUGUGUGCGCGGUAUGAAAAUGGCCGUGUUCGACCAGAUUUAUCAAAUUCUGUCACUUAUUUCUAAAUAACUUCGCGGUGUGGUGCCUCAUUACGUGUACUUCCCAUUAUACAUUAACAAUUGCACCCCCAGAAAUUUUUAAACAUUUUUCUACUGUAGUGUCCGCCCUCUUUUUAUGGAACAUAGUAACAUAGUGGUGUCGUGUUUUUACGAGCUUCUAUACUCAGGAGGAAAAAACAUGACUUUGGAUAGAUCCGUUGAUUAGUAUUUGGCGGGAAAAUUGUCGGUCAAUACUGUUAUCACAGUCAGAUAUUAGGAAGAGAUGAAGGGGUGCGCAGCCCAAAUCGUACGUGCCCUGCAAAAUUGGCGACAACCGUGGGUGUCAACUCGUUGAGAAAACUUUAGGAACCUAUGCGGCCAAGAUGCGGGAGAGAUUUGUAUCAACUUCACCCCGACCCUCGGCGGGGAUCUGAUCUAACUCAAUUUGCCAACCAUUCAAAAGCUGAGCCAGGAAUGCAGUCAAAAAUAAUUUAACACAUAAGAAUAACGUAGUAAUUGGCUUUGCAACGAGUACACAAGCAUUGCGUGGUGCUUAGCUUUAGUCACGAGUCAUAGUUCUACGGACAAAAAUAGUUAUAUACUUCCAUGGUGUUCUGGUAUAUAUUUGUGAUUGCAGUGUCGUCAAAAAAUAGCUUUUGUAAUGCACUUCAUACAAAGUUGAAACUUCUUAAGUUCUAGUUGAACAUUGGUAUGUUCAAUAACUUAUUGAAUAGAUUUCAUUGUGGAUUGUAAAUAUACAUUCCAAAAUGUCGUUUCUAUCAAAUUUAAAAAAAGCGUUCCACUUCGGUGGCAACGAUGCCAAAAAAAAAAAGAUAUUCAACAACAUAAAAAUGGAUUGCGACCCAGAAGAAUUCUGGGAGAUGAUUGGGGAGCUUGGAGAUGGAGCUUUUGGUAAAGUCUAUAAGGCACAAAGUAAACAAACCCAACAAUUAGCUGCGGCUAAAAUGUGCGCAUUGGAAGGAGAGGAUGACCUUUCCGAUUUCAUGAUAGAAAUUGAUAUUCUUUCCGAGUGUAAGCAUCCCAAUGUCGUUGAGCUGCACGAGGCUUAUUUCAUGGAGGGAAAAUUGUGGAUGCUAAUAGAAUACUGCGAUGGUGGAGCUUUGGAUUCUAUAAUGGUAGAACUGGAAAAAGCUUUAACUGAAGCGCAGAUAGCUUACAUUUGCCAACACAUGACUCAAGGAUUAGCCUUCCUUCAUAAAUCCAAAGUUAUUCACAGAGAUCUUAAGGCUGGGAAUGUUCUCCUUACUAUGGCAGGUGGUGUGAAGUUAGCCGAUUUUGGGGUAUCUGCAAAAAAUAAACACACCCUUCAGAAGCAUGAUACCUUCAUUGGAACUCCUUAUUGGAUGGCACCCGAAGUUGUCUUGUGCGAAACGUUCCGGGACAAUCCUUACGACUUUAAGGUUGACAUAUGGUCGCUUGGUAUAACUUUGAUCGAAUUUGCUCAAAUGGAGCCACCGAACCACGAGAUGUCGCCAAUGCGAGUUCUUUUGAAAAUCCAGAAAAGUGACCCUCCUAGGCUCGAUCAACCUGGAAAAUGGAGCAGGGAUUUCAAUGACUUUGUUGCCAAAGCAUUGAUAAAAGACCCUGCGACCAGACCAACCGCAGAUGAAUUGCUGAAGCAUCCAUUUAUUAAUCGUAACCUCGAUGCGAAACCUGUGCGUGACUUAUUACUCGAAUAUAAGGCUGAUGUUGUCGAAGAGGAGCUCCUCGAUGAAGACGCUGAGGAACAGCGCACGUCGCAACUUCCACUGGAGCUGGACCAACUUGGAGAUGACUCUGCCUCCCUGCGCAGCGACAACGACGUUAAACUGACAGAGAAGGAGAGCGUCGCUGCACCGUCUAUAACCCAUCAAGGGGAAGAGAAUCACAAGAGAGAAGGCGAACGAGAGAGUGAGAAGGAAGAGAGGAACAAGAAGUUGCGAAAGACUGAUUCUAAGGAGAACAUUCCUUUAUCCACUGAGAAAAAAUUGGCACCCAAACCACCUGUGUGGCACGAAUCGAGCGAACGUCGAUCAUCCAGAGAUAAGGGUCCAGCGCCCCUACCACCGGGUGUUUUGAUGCGACAGGAUAGCAGCAAGAUUGACGAAAAAGAACACAUUCCAAAGGCAGCAGGUGACGAAAAGAACACUACCACCCCUGCCGCUCCUGUCGCUGCCGCAACGUCUUCGUUGGGCAAAGAAAAGCCAACGAUUGAUAAAAAAUCAAUGAGGAGACAGGGUUCUCAAAUUGACAACGAGAAACCAGGUCAGGGACCAAACGUUGCGGAGGAAUGCAGAAACGACGUCGAGGGAAAUAACGGUGAAGAGAGUAUCGAUAGACUCAAGUUAGUGCCGAGUGUGAAGUCUGUUGAAGAAAGGAGAAAGCCACCUCUGGAUAAACCGAGAGAUGCAAACACCAGAAGGAGGUCUAUAGAAGAAAAAAGGAAACAUGCGACGGAUAGAGGGCAAAUUAGUAAUGAUGAUAAACGGAAAUCGGCACCCGUAAAACCAUCCUAUAACGCCGAUGGAGCAACCGAAUCCGCCUACGUCAAACAAACGUCAUUGGACGAACGCACAAGGGAUACAGGAAAGCCGUAUUUGACCGAUCACCGACCGGAAUUCCCAUUCGUCGGGGAUGAAAAUUUCCAAAGUUUGGAGGAGAAACGUAAAUCUGUUGAAGACAAGCUCAAUGCUGUGCUUGAAAAACGGAUUUCCAUGGAUUCCAGCAAACGUUACACGGAUCACGCUUCUAGCGAAACCUUGAAACGUACUGCUGGCACCAGUGACGUCUCGCAACUCUCAGAGAAGGAUACGGCAAAGUCCAGUUCUGUGGAGGAUAUAAAGUCAAAGGUCGUGGCUCAAAAUGCGCUGCUGAAAAGUUGGAGCAACGAUUCGUCGCGGAAUGAAUCCUUGGACAAGACUAAUGUAUCCAGAUCCCAGUCGGAUGAAAUCCACAGGACAAGCAGUCCUGACGGGAAAUGGGAGAGCAGCGACGCUGGCGGAGAUGAGGACGUUUCCACAGACGGUGUUGACAGAGCGCAUCGUUAUCACAGGAGGGGGUCAUCUUCCGGGACCAGUGUCUCUGUUGUGACGUCAACGCCCGUCAGGAGUCGCAGCACGUCGAGGAGUGGCAGCGGAGAUAAUAUUGUGGUUGUCACCGCUAAAUCGCAAUUAUCGGAACAUCAUGACGAUGGCAGAAUGAAGAAGUCUAUGGUACGAAUAACUUCGGAAACACCAGAUCCAUCGAAUAGUUUGGCAAGCAAUGUGAGCCAAGUCACAGUGGUAACAACCCAUCCACCGGUACUGAUAGAUGCGACGUCCACUCCUCCGCCACGUCGUCCAUCCCCAACAUCUGAAGUGGUGAUAGUUGCCAAUGAAACAAACAAGACCCAGGUCAACGAAAGUUCGACGGACGACGACGGUUUCACCAGUUUGGACAGUCUCGAGUACACACCGCAGGAGCAACCGAUCGUAAUAUCCACAGCUGACACCCCAAAGUGCAUCGGCAAGAAGCUAGACGAGUCGGAGGUUGUGAUAGUAAGUCCCAUCGUCGUCGAUCAACUGAUGGACACCAGCCAUGUGUCGGUCGUUACCGUUGGCGAUGACAGAGAGAGGGUCAAGGACUCGUCUGUCGUCGGACGUAACGUAGGUGAUAGUGGUACGGAUCUCUCUCUCUCCAUGGUAGAGGGUAAAAGGAGAAGAAGGCGGUCCAGUUCGAAGAGCGACAGCGGUGACGAAGUUGCGUCGCCUCGAAUGUCUGUGAUGAUUGCUGGGACGACGAUAGGUUCAACGGAUGUCGACUCCGUCGCACUGGUUAACCCAGCGAAACCUGUAACAAGUAAUGGUCUUUUGUCGACACGAGGUAACGGUACUCCCGGUGCCGUGCCCGCAGCACCUUGGUCAACGACGAAGCAUUCGGCCGGUGAUUCGAGGGAGGAAUUUGAAGGCAAGGGAUCCCGAAAUAAACGCAUUUCACCCGACAGUAGCUGCAGCAACGAGGGCGGGUCACACCGGUCGCAGAGCGACGAGGGAUCCACGAGGUGCCACACGCCCAGCAAAAGCGUCGAUAGAUCGGACGCAGAGUCAAUAUCGACGACGAUAAGUCAGGACAGUCGUGGAUCGAGUAGAGACAAUCAUUUGGGACGAGAUUCCCGUCAGUCUUCGGAAAUCGACGACGAAGUUGUACUUAGAAGAAAACCGCCCGAGUAUACGACGCGGGAUGUGCCCCAGCGACAACACAGAACGAAGGAGGAUAUACAGAUUAUGAAUCUUAAAAAGAAGACGCGGAAACGUACGAGAAAAUUCGAAAUCGACGGUGUGGUCGUCACUACCACGACCUCAAAAGUCAUAUACGGGGACGACGAGAACGGAAAGUUUUACGACGAUCAGAUAUUCCGCAAACAAGAACUUCGGGAGCUCAAGAUGUUGCAGAAAAUGGAACAGAAACAAUUUCAGGAUCUGUCGCAAAAGUCGCAGUUCACAAAGGACCAACAGGAAAAGCGUUUCGAGCAGGAGAGACUCAUGUUGGAGCGCGGGGCAGAGGGUGACCUCGACACUCUGGCCAGGCAGCAACGCCAACAGAUUGAGCGUGCCGAGACGCAGCAAGAAGCCGAUCUGAGACUUGCCUCUAAAAAAAUACGUGGCGAACAAGAAAGGGAGCUGAAACAAUUUCGCGAAGGAUUGAAACAGGAGCUUCGACUGCUCAAACAAGAAGUCGACCUGAUGCCCAAAGAAAGGCGAAAGAAUGCUUUCAAAACGAGAAAAGAUAAAUUGGAGGCAGAGCACGAGGCCAGGGAGAAGGUAUUUCUGGAAAAGUUGAACGAGAGCCACGAAAUCUCACUACGAAGGCUGUCCGACAGUCAUCGAGAGAGGAUCGCUCUCAUGGAGAGGCAGUUCUUGCAACAGAAACAGCAACUUAUGAGAGCAAGAGAGGCGGCAAUAUGGGAACUAGAGGAGAGGCAGAUUAAAGAACGUCAGCAACUCCUGAAGCGCCAGCUGAAGGACAUAUUCUUUUUGCAAAGGCACCAGAUGCUCAUAAGACACGAAAAGGAGUUGGAACAAAUGAAACGAAUGAACCAGCGCAAGGAGGAGGAGCUAGUCAAACGUCAGACGGUUGAACGUAGAAAUCUUCCGAAAAGGAUACGCACGGAAAUGAAAGCCAGGGAGAUGAUGUUCCGUGAAUCGAUGCGGAUAUCGAUGACUGCCGCUCUCAUACCAGACCCGGAUGCUGAGCGUGAUAAACUUAAGAAAUUCCAGGAGAAUGAGAAAAAACGGUACAGAGCUGAACAGCAGAGGUUCGAGUUGAAACAUGCGAGACAACUCGAAGAGCUGCGGGCUCAAAGUGACGCCACUAUCAAGGAGUUGGAACAGCUUCAAAAUGAGAAACGAAAAAUGCUUAUGGAGCAUGAAACUAUGAAGCUCAAGGAACAAGAGGAGGCUUACACAAAAGAACUCAGGGAGUGGAAGGCACAACUCAAGCCACGGAAGCAGAGAUUGGAAGAACAAUUUGCACAACAGUUGGAGGUCCAGGAGGCAAUUUAUGGACCAUCGGCGGUGCCUCUCUGCUUACCACCGGACUUACCCGAUCUUCCAGAUCUUCCCGAUCUAAUGCACCACACAGCAGUGACCGGUGCAGGUGGUUCCACUCGCAGUUCGCUUUCAUCGGUCAGCGAAGGAUAGUUGUAUUCCGCCAAUAAUUGUUGAUACGCCAAAUAAGUUUAUGUUAGUGGUGUGAAACAUGUGAAAAUAAGAUUGUGGUGCGUGACUGCAAAGUAAAUGGCCGAAGAUUCGAUCAAUAAUGAAAAGGAAUAUGUAUCGUGUAUCACUAUGGAUAUUUACCACUGUGAUGCAAAUUAACAAAUGGAUGUCGCAUGAACCAUAAACGAAACAAAUGAGUUGCGGUACAGAGUCUCAGAGGAUAUACAUGUAGCUCGAUCCGUCUACAUUUCCAUUCUACUAGGUUAACACACUUCCAGUUAUUUCUCCUGUUGUUGUUGUUAUUACUACCACCAGCAUCAUAAUCGUCUUCAUCCUCAUUGUUGUUAUUAUUGUAGUUAUUAUUAUCAAUAUUAUUAUAAUAAUUAAUCCUUUCAAUGCUAAUACUACUACUACUACCACUACUGCUACUACUACUAUCACACUUUUUCUUCUACUAUACUAUUACUACUACUAUUACUACCACUACUCAUUGCUAUUAUUAUUAUUAUGAUCAUCUUCAUCGUCAUCCUCAUCAGAAUUGUUAUUAUUAUCAUCAUAAUUAUUAUUAUUAUUACCAGUAUGGGAUCUGAGCAUAUUGUGAGGAACAACGGUGUGAAAUACCCCAAUGUAUUUCCAGUCCAGCGGAUGCUGGCCACAAAUUGUGUAUAAAUAAUACAUACAUACCUAUACAUAUAUGCCUAUGUAGGUAUCGAUAGAAUUGCGUAGACUCAACCCUUACAGAGAAUUGUAUUUUAUUAUAAUGUUACUAUUUGUGCGAUUUUUGGCCUAAUUAUCAUCAACAAAUGUACAGCCAAUGUCCAUGUAAUGGCAUGCGGGCCGUUCACUUCGAUCGUGUGUUCAGUAUUUAUGAAAGAGAAUGAUAUAAUCCGUAUAUACUUAUACCGAAUGGCUUCCCUUAGACGAUAUGUAUAAUUUAUAGAAUACGUAUAAUAUACAUAAAACAUAAAUCUUUAGAAUUUAUCAUGUUAAUUGAUUCAGCUUCGCACUCUUAAUACAACGAUUAAUUUUCAAUCAGCAUGUAAGAAUAAUUGAUGAUUAUUAUUAGUCCUAAUCUCAACCUAGACUAUAUACUUAUAUUAUACCUAUAAUUGCUCAGAACUGGACAUGUCUAGCUCAAUUAGUAUUGCGAGAAAUUUGUGUUAUUACUGUUGGUUUAUGAUGUAGUAUUAUACAUACAUACAUAUACGAUACGUGUAUGACGCUA